UGAAAUCUGUAUAGAAUAUAUUUCCGGAAGUCGAACCCUCCAUCUGUAUCUAUGGGUCCGUGGUGUUUGACAGUCUCGAUGAUGACUUCCAUUGAUCAAUCUGAAUGAAUUUCCUCCUUCUUCGUGGCGUGUAGUUAUCAGAAAACACAGCGUGGACAUGCAGAUCCUGACUCCUCAUGUUUACUGGGCUCAGCGGCACGGAGAGAUCUUUCUUAGGGUGGAACUGAGCGAUGCUACGAACGUUGAUAUCCGCUUGAUGGAAGACAACACGCUCCAGUUCAGAGCACAGGGUCAUGGAGCUAAAGGAGACAACCAGUACGAGUUCAGUUUGGAGUUCCUGGAACCAGUUAAACCUGAGAUCCACCAAAAGUCCACUCAGCGUCAGGUGGACAUCAAGAUCAAGAAGCGUGAAGAGCGCUGGUGGCAGCGUCUGACGCUAAGAGAAAAGAAACCUGUGUUUCUGGGUCCGGACUUUGACCGCUGGCUGGAUGAGUCGGAUGCUGAGGUGGAGCUCCAGGCCAAGGAGAAGAUCAACAAGAUAAGCGUGGAGUCGAGAGUUCGUAAAGACCCCUACCUCGGACUGAAGAAGGGCUACUUGUUCAUGUACAACCUGGUGCAGUUCCUGGGAUUCUCCUGGAUCUUCGUCAACAUGACCGUUCGACUCGUCAUCCUCGGUCAAGACUCGUUCUAUGACACCUUCCACACCGCGGCAGACAUGAUGUAUUUCUGUCAGAUGAUGGCCGUGCUCGAGGUCAUUAACCCCUUACUUGGGCUAGUUAAGACCAAGUUCUUUCCUGCUAUGAUCCAGGUGGCAGGGAGAAACGUCAUUUUGUUUGUCAUCUUCGGCAGCCUGGAGGAGAUGCAGAACAAAGCUGUGGUGUUCUUUGUGUUCUACCUGUGGAGCACCAUAGAGAUCUUCAGAUACCCGUUCUACAUGCUGGCCUGCAUCGACACCGAGUGGAAGUUGUUGACAUGGCUCAGAUACAGCCUGUGGAUCCCUCUGUACCCGCUUGGGGUUGUAGCCGAAGCGGUCGCUGUGAUCCAGUCCCUGCCCAUCUUCGAUGAGACCCGUCUGUUCAGCAUCCCGCUCCCCUCCGUGCUCGGACGAUCGUUGAGUUUCUCCUACACUCUGCAGCUCUACCUGGUCCUCAUGUUUCUGGGACUCUUCAUUAACUUCCGACACCUCUACAAGCAGAGACGGAGACGAUACCGAUCCAGGAAGAAGAAAGUCCAAUAACUGAUCCACGUCUUUACUUUUCAUACACCUGGCACCAGGUGUUUAAUUCCCUCUUAAUGCCUUUUUUUUUCAUUUUCUUACACUUUCACUUCGAACUGAUGGCAUCAUGGUGUCAUCAUUCCUCCACUUGGUGAACUUUCUUCUGUAAAUUCCUGCUGCACAAGCUCCAGGACUUACUUAAACUCUGGACAUGCUAGUCUGACACGUCCCUCACUGUCCAUUUGGGAAUUAAUUGGUUUAUAUUUAUUCAAGGGAAUAAAUUCUCCUUUUUAAACCCAAUGCUGAUAUUUUAACACAAUGAUAAAGUUAUUUACAGUGUUUUAUUUUAAAUAGUGUUAAAUAAGGUUGUUUUAGGUUCUGACAAAUAAACUCCCGUGGAGGAGUUGGAAUCCAG